AUGGCCAAUCUUACCAAACUCGAGUUUACGGCUCUUGAUAUCACUGGAAAAAAUUAUUUGUCUUGGGUCUUAGAUACUGAAAUCCACCUAGAUGCUAAAGGUCUAGGAAGUACUAUUUUACCUGGAAAUGAAGCAACUAGCCAAGACAAGGCUAAGGCCAUGAUUUUCCUACGCCACCAUUUGCAUGAAGGGUUGAAAGCUGAAUACCUGACGGUGAAAGACCCGUUAGAAUUGUGGAAUAAUUUAAAAGAAAGGUAUGAUCAUCAAAAAACGCAGCAAUAUCGUGAAAAGGGUUUUAAGAAAUAUUCUGAAUUGAUCUCAUGUCUUCUUGUGGCUGAACAAAAUAACGAGCUAUUAAUGAAAAAUCAUGAGAUUCGUCCCACUGGAUCAGCUCCAUUCCCUGAAGCGAAUGUGACUGUACACAAUAAUUAUCAUAUGCGUGGACGCGGUCAUGGUCGUAGCCGAGGCCGUGGUCGUGGUAGGGGACACGCCUCUAUAAAAAGAAGUUCAAAUAAUGUGAAAGCAAAUUUGACUUUUCAAACUGAUGAUGUGGAGGCAAAUUUUGCAUACAAAAAUGAUGAUAUCAAUGAGCUAGAUGAUGUUAAUGGCCUUGAUGCUAUGGCACAUUUGGAUGUGGCUGAUUUCUUUGAGAAUCAUGAUUAG